AAAAAAAAGUAGAUUUUUAUUAUUGUUAUUAAUAUAUGUUUUGAUAAUAAAUACCGUAUAAUGAUAAUAAACGUGUAAACACACGCUGUGAUUGGUCCGUUCAGCUGCAGCUCAUUUCCUUGUCCCAGUAUCCGGAUGAAAUGAUUUUAGCUUCAAAAUAAAAGGAGGUGUAGAAAUUCAAAACGACGCAAAGAUAUCAUUUUAUCAACAUUCCUAAGAUUUCAGUGCUGUCCACACACACUGCCGACUGGGUUAAUUUUAAUGUACUGACAAUUACGUGUUUUAUUUAAUUAUUUUAAUCGCUUGACUAAGGGACUUAUUCUGAAAAUCCAAACCGGAAGUGCGUCUGUUUACCCGGAUGACAGGAAGCGGUGCAUCUUUUUUUGUGUCCGAUCAACUGUCCUGAUAUUAACGUGUCUUGAACGUGUCUUUAACGUGUCUUUGUUGACAUUAACGUGUCUUUAACGUGUCUUUACUGACAUUAACGUGUCUUUGUUAACAUUAACGUGUCUUUAUUCGUUGCUAAAAACUGCGACAGAAGCUGAAGAUGGUGACGAUGUGACCGUGGAAAAAAGACGACUGGUGAUGCAACACACACACAUUCAGACAUUAACGUGAUGGACGACGUCAAACCAAGCCGUGCGUGUCGUCCUCCGUGCAUCAGUCAAUCAUCAAAGGUGUUCCGUUGGAGGGAUGGAGCUGUGGAGGUGUUGCGGGGCCUCGAUGAGCAGCGGCAGCAGCAGCACAGUCACUUCUGUGACGUGGUGCUCGUGGCUGAUGACCAGAGGGUUCCCGGUCACCGCGCCCUGCUCGCCGUCUCCAGCCCGUACUUCCACGCCAUGUUCACCCUGGGCAUGAGGGAGGAGCAUCAGGAGGAGGUGGAGCUGGUUGGAAUGUCCUACGUGGGUCUGAAGGCAGUCGUGGACUUCCUGUACAGCGGUGAGCUGCCACUCGAUGGAGGAAACAUCGACUCUGUUCUGGAAGCUGCUCACCUUCUUCAGGCAUGGCGUGUGGUGGACUUGUGCUGCCAGUACCUGGAGCAGGAGGUGAGCGAGGAGAACUACCUGUACCUGCAGGAGCUGGCUCUGUUCUACAGUCUGGAGCGCCUGGACGCCUUCAUCGACCGCUUCAUUCUGGCACGCUUCGCCGCGCUCUCGUUCACUGCCGACUUUCUACACAACGUUCCUGUACGCAAGCUCAUGUCCUACCUCGCCAGUGAGCAGGUGCAGCACAACAGUGAGCAGUGUCUCCUGCGGGCGGCGCUGCAGUGGCUCGCUCAGUCUCCUGAGAGGCGGGCCCACGCCGCACAGCUCCUCUCCCACAUCCACUUCCCGCUGAUGCCGGUGGACGAGCUGCUGAGCCGCGUGCUGCCGGCCGUGCGGGAGGCCGACUGCGCGGCGCUGGUGGAGGAGGCGCUGGAGUACCACGCCAGCCCCAGCGCACAGCCACUCCUGCAGACGGGACGCACGGCGCUGAGGGGCGGGGCCGAGCAGCUGCUGCUGAUGGGAGGAGAGGUGUCUGAAGUCGGCGAGGAGCUGAGCGCCAACGUUUGCCGCCUGGACGGCGAAACAGGAAGCUGGGUGGUGGAAACACAGCUGCCGUCCCAGCGGAGCCACCACUGCCUCGCCGUGCUGGGAGGCUUCGUCUUCGUCGCGGGCGGCAGCUCGUCCAGAGACGACGGCGGAGACGCCGCCUCCGACCUGCUGUACAGAUACGACCCCCGACACAACCAGUGGACCAGGGGGGCUUCCAUGAACCAGAGGAGAGUGGAUUUUUACCUGGGGGCAGUGGGUCAGCGUCUGAUCGCCGUCGGCGGCAGGAACGACGGCGGAGCUCUGUCCUCUGUGGAGGUUUAUUGUCCCUCUGAGGACUGCUGGUCCUACACAGCAGGACUGCCCAGGUUCACGUACGGUCACGCCGGGACGGUCCACCGCGGCGAGGUCUACAUCUCAGGCGGACACGACUAUCAGAUUGGACCGUACCGCAGAGACGUCCUGAGCUACGACGCGUCACGUGACGGGGACGCGUGGGCGGAGCGACGGCCCAUGUCUGUGGCUCGAGGGCGCCACUGCAUGGCCUCGCUCCACCACCUCAUCUACGCCAUCGGGGGCAGCGACGACCACGAGGACACCGCCGAGCGCUUCGACGUCCUGCAGGUGGAGUCCUACGACCCGCGCGGCGGACAGUGGACGCGAGUGGCGCCGCUGCUGCUGCCUAACAGUGAGGCGGGGCUUGCGGUGUGGGCGGGGCGGAUCUACGUGCUGGGGGGCUACGGCUGGGAGAACAUGGUCUUCUCCAGAGCCACCCAGGUCUUUGACCCCGACACAGGUUCCUGGUCCAGAGGACCCGACUUACCGAAGCGCAUCGCAGGAGCGUCUGCAUGCGUCUUAACUGUAAAGUCCUCGCCGUCUUCGUCUUCACCGGAGGACAAGACGACGGGACAGAGUGUGAGAGGACAGACCAGGGACUUCAGAGGCUUCUAAUGAGAGGAGAAGUCUUUAUUUAUAAGAAGCAUCACAAUAAAAUCACAUUUAUUUUUCCCUUUCAUUUAUUUUGAAAGGGAAAUUUAUUUGUUUUAAAAAGUGGUCUCGC